AUGUUAAAGAUACAGGAGCCCUGUCCUCCUUUUCAUAUAGUCACCCUAUGCAUGCAUUAUCCACGGUUUCCUUGGAAUGAGGUACUGGAGGCUUACAGUCAUUUUUUGGUGAUGUAUGGUCUGUAUGUACACAGAUAGCCGUCUGCCAGGUAUGCUUUAGGAUGGACAGGGCCGGCACUACCAUUAGGCCAAUUAGGCAGCUGCCUAGGGCGCAGACCUCAGAGGGGCGCAGUACUGACCUUUAAGGGUCACAAUUUUAUUCAAAUUAGCUCUUUUAACUUUGUGCUUCCAAUGGCGGAGGUAUGCAUUAUACCAAGUGUCCUUUAGCUCAAAAUGAUUUCUGUGCCAAAUAUUUUCUUUUGUAUUUGCGAAAGAUAAUCCAAAGAUUGAUUAUUAUUUAUUCUUGCAAUUUGAAAUAAAUUUAGCAGUUUCAAGUUUUGUGCUUUUUAUUUUUUCUACAAAAUAUCUGUCCUUAAAAAUUGAAGUUGGCAAUUUUUCAGGGUGGUGGGGUGGUGCAAGUAGCUUGCCUUGCCUAGGGUGCAAAAUAGUCUGGCGCCAGCCCUGAGGGUGGAUUCCUGCAUUGAGCUGGGGGUUGGACUCGAUGGCCUUAUAGGCCCCUUCCAACUCCACUAUUCUAUGAUUCUAUGUAUACAGCAGGUUGACCAUAGAUAUGGAUUCCAGCAGUCACACUUCAGCAGUCACACUUCAGGUUCCUAGCAGGGCUUUUGCACCUUAAAGAUCUUCCAGAGCUCCAGCUAAGCUCUCUCACCUCCAGCCUGAUCUUGCCUGGGUUUCUCGGAUGCCAUAAACCCAGGCUACUGCCUUUGUCAAGACCCCAGGUGGGCAAACCAUGCCCCAUGGUCACCCCAUUGGCUGCUCUCUGUGCAGGCCUGGGGAGUCCCACCCCAAGGCAUCCCAAGGCAUCCAUCCAGACCAGCCCCAAAACUCAUUACAGGACCCUGCAAGGGAGCUACACUUAUUUACUCUUACAUACCAAGAUGGCAAGCUGCAUGAAUCAGUCACUUCAAAGGGUUUUUGUAGCUGGCACGCACACCUCCCCAAACUUUACCUUCAAAGUGUAAAUGUUUUUUCUCUCUCUCUCUCGGCCACUUAGCAAAAACAUUAUUCUGUUUACUCAACGUAUCUCUGUUCCUUUUUUCAGCACAUCGCACACACACGCAAACACACACUGCCAAACAUUACAUUUUCAAAGCAUCUAGCAGAAUUUCCUGGGACUUCCCAGCAAAAAGACUAGAUUCACGGAAUGCUUACUUCUAUGCAUACCAACAUAUAGAAAUAUAUAGAAACAUCAGCCUUCCUGAACAAUACCAUGAAGAACAGGGGUGGGUAGAAAGUAGAUCUGGAACUAUUGCUAGCUUUCUAGGUAGCUGUAGAUCAGCAAAGGUUUCUGACUGCAAAUGAUUUAGCUAGAGCAGUGGUAGAACAACUCCCUUCUGGGGGGGAUGUGCUUCCGGGUGAACGGGUAGCAGCGGAAUCUGUAAGCUCUGGUCUCAAAUAAACUUUGGAAAGCUAUUAAUCUCACCCCAAGCAAGAUAAAAAAAAGAAGGUCACUCUGCAAGAUGUUCUCUGCAUACUCUGAGCCAUAUUUUUGUGAGGUGUCCACCAUUUCUGUACAUACACACCAUAUGGUCCUAGAACAAUGCUAGGUCUGGGACCUUGUUGAAGAUAUAAGAUGGGAACAAAGCAGACUGACACUUUCAAGUCACCUUAUGAGCUGGUGCCAUGAAGAACUUGUCCAAAUGCUUCCGGGAUCUGCAGUCAACCCACACAUUAUUUCGUCAAGCCAAGAGAUUCCUGGCCUCUCCCAUCGCCUCACACUAUGAAAGCAUAAACCGGGGUGAACAGGAAGUGCCCGAAUACUUUAAUUUUGCAAGUGACGUUAUGGAUAAGUGGACCCAAGUGGAAAAGGAUGGGAAGAGGCCUCAGAAUCCAGCCUUCUGGUGGGUGAGUGAUCAGAUGAAAGAGGUGAAGUGGAGCUUUGAAGAACUGGGGAUCUUGUCCCGAAAAACCGCCAACAUGCUCACUGGUCCUUGCGGCUUGCAAAGAGGCGACAGGAUCAUGACGGUUUUACCCCGGGUACCGGAGUGGUGGUUACUGGUCUUGGCUUGUAUACGAACAGGCGUUGUUUUUAUUCCAGGAACAUCCUUGCUAACAGCGAAAGACAUUUCCUACAGGCUCCAGGCUUCCAAGGCCAAAUGCAUUGUUGUCAGUGAAGCGUCAGCUCCCGCAGUGGACUCUGUCAUGUCAGAAUGCAAGUUUCUGCAAACCAAGCUGAUGGUGUCUGAUAGCAGCAGAGAUGGCUGGCUGAACUUCAAGGACUUAUUUGAAGCAGCACCUGCUGAUCACGACUGUGUCAAGACAAAGAGCCAAGAGCCAAUGGUCAUCUACUUUACUAGCGGAAGUAGUGGGUCUCCCAAAAUGGUGGAACAGUCCCAUUGCAGUUAUGGCAUUGGAUUUACAUCCAGUGGCAGGCACUGGAUGAAUCUGACGCCUUCAGAUAUAUUCUGGAAUACGUCGGACAUAGGAUGGGUUAAGUCAGCCUGGAGCAGUGUGUUUGCUCCGUGGAUUAAUGGAUCCUGUGUUUUUGUACAUCACCUGCCGCAAUUUGAGCCUGGAGUCAUACUCAAUACUCUCGCACGUUACCCGGUCACCACUUUCUGCACAGCUGUGACUGCGUUCCGUAUGUUGGUGCAGCACAAUCUCACCAGCUACAAAUUCAUGAGUCUGAAACACUGUGUGACCGGAGGGGAACCGCUCAACCCUGAAGUGAUGGAGCGAUGGAAGGCUCAAACAGGGCUGGAUAUCUAUGAAGGAUACGGGCAAACUGAAACGGUAACAAUAUGUGCUAACGUGAAAGGAAUGAAAAUUAAGCAGGGCUCAUUGGGGAAAGCUUCACCACCAUAUGAUGUCCAGAUUGUUGACGAUCAAGGCAAUAUUCAGCCUCCUGGGGUAGAAGGGGAUGUUGCUAUCAGAAUCAAGCCAAAACGACCAUUUUGUCUCUUCUUACAGUAUAUAGAUAACCCUGAGAAGACAGCAGCCAGCGAGCGUGGGGAUUUUUAUAUCACUGGAGACCGAGCGACCAAAGAUGAAGAAGGCUACAUCUGGUUCGUCGGAAGGUCGGAUGAUGUCAUUAAUUCCGCCGGAUACCGCAUUGGCCCCUUCGAAGUGGAGAGCGCCUUGAUAGAACACCCGGCUGUUUUGGAAUCUGCUGUUGUCAGCAGCCCAGAUCCCAUCAGAGGAGAGGUAGUGAAAGCUUUCGUCAUCUUGUCCCCUGCCUUUUUAUCGCAUGAUCCAGAAGAAUUAACCAGGGAACUGCAGAAUCACGUGAAGAAGGUUACUGCUCCUUACAAGUAUCCUAGGAAGGUUGAGUUUGUCCAAGAUCUGCCAAAGUCGGCUGCUGGAAAAAUUCAAAGAAAUGUAUUAAGGAAACAAGAAUGGAAGAAAGCCUAGAUUCAGCUGAAUAAUUGCAGUGGACGUAUCGCCCAUUCAUCUGCUGUGAUGGAGAAAUUCCCCUUCUUGCUCCUUUACCUAAACUAUUGUUUAGUUCUAAUAUCCCAAGCCAAGAAAUCUGCACGAUCAAAGAAGUUGAACUGUGCUCCUCUCCUAAAGAUGCUCCCCAAAUUCUCUUUGUCUGGCUUUCUUCCCAGUUUUGGGACUUCUGAAUUACCUGACCUUGUUUGCAAAGUGGGACCAACGAUCUGGAAUGCUCCCAUUUUUAAAAAAAAUCCUAACGUCGUACAAUGCCUGUACACAGGUCUUCAGGUUGGCCAUGCUGUUUCCCUUCCCCUAAGCGCUCAAUGUGCUUGACUUACAUUGGCCCUGGUCAGACGACACACUAAACCGUGACUUAGAGGGCCUGUUCAGACAAUACACUAAGCCAUGGUUAGACUGCCAACCCUUUUGCAGCAAAUGUUUAGCGAGUGUGCUUAAACUGUGGUUAUGUAGCCACCAUGCUUAGGAAUGGUUCACACGACAUCUAAGUCAUGGAUCACAUGACACUCUUUAGUGAUAAUGUUUAGCUCAAACUGUUUAACCACUGUGGUUAGCAUGUCAUCUGACUGGCUCCAGUGUGUUGCAGAAGGGUUAGCAGCCUAACCAUGGCUUAGUGUGUUGUCUGAACAGGCCCAUUGACUCGAUUCAGACAUCACACAUAAAGGCUGCAAUGCUAUAUUCAUUUACCUGGGAGAAAGACACAUUGAACAUAGGGUUUUUUAACAUCUGAGUAGACACAUGUAAGAUUGUACUGCAAGGAAGAUGAACUACAGCUGAAGGUGAUGUCGGGAACUGACAACCAAUGAAUUGUAACUGACCAGCAAAGCAUAAUCAGAAACCCACCUUUGAAGUGUGUUUGCAAAUCACAGCUCAUGCUAACUAAACUUUGGUGUGAUGUUUAAAUUGCGGUGGAUAUUUAUUUAUAUUUAUGCAUAUAACUAUAGAGCCAGUGUGGUAUAGUUGCUAAGGUGUUGGACUGGGAGUUGAGAGAUCCGGGUUCUAGUCCCCACUCGGCCAUGGAAACCCACUGGGUGACUUUGGGCCAGUCACAGACUCUCAGCCCAACCUACCUCACAGGGUUGUUGUUGUGAGGAUAAAAUGGAGAGGAGGAGG